AUGGCAUCCAUAUUCACCUAUGACCCUGACCCGCCCCGGGUUUCGUCCCCGUGGUCGACUUCUGGGUCGUCGACGCCCCAAAUCGCCGUAGCCAGUGGAAGAGGGCUGUCAAUACGGACGAAAGCAGCUCUGGAUCACGCAGAAGCAGACUUCCUGUCCGACUAUGGGAUCACCAAAUUGGAGCCCGAGCCCCAAGAGGGUCCCACUGAGUACAAGUUGCAUCUGCUACUCCGUCCACGACGGCCAUAUAUCGCCAUGUCGACAGGCCACGUAGUCGCCGGCUCUUAUCAUUGUCGCGCGGCCAUUGGGAGCCAGCAACCGCCUUCGCAGGGACCAUCUCCACUCCAGUAUGCAACUACCCCGCGGCCCAUGCAAGCGAAGUCCAGCCAGAGCCGCCAGCAACGGCUACAGGGGCUUACAACUCAAUUACUAUGGCGAUUGCAGCAGUCAUCGCCGUUUCAUUCGUCUACUACGGCAAAUCUUGUUGUUCCGGUUCUUCCAGAGGCGACACUGCCUACCAAGCCCGCUCGCUUGCUACCUGGGCUUGAAGAAAGCCAGGGUGCUUUGUAUGAGAUUGGAGUUGCCGAUGAUGGAACCUUUGUCGGCCUCACGCAAGGUGAACUUGACGAGAGUAUAACAAAUCUGCAAGCCAUGGCUGCAAGUCUCGGGUGCAAGGUGGAGAUACUCCGCAGAGUUCUUGUUGGGAAAUGUGAGUGGGCAGAGGAAUGCUCAACCGCAUUGCCAGAAUCGGUCAAAAUCCAAAAGGAAGACCUUUGGGUUGCAGAAGCUCUCGUCAGCCCCGAUCUUGAUUUUUACAACCUCUCUCCAGCCCUGGCAAGGAACAAUGCCGACGAUGCAUCGAAAGCAGAGUCCGUGUCUAAUUCUGCAUUGGAAGAGGAAUCUUCGCAUACCGAGCAGAUUCGAAUCUCAAUAGCGGGUCCUAGUACAGCGGGGAAGUCCUCGUUACUGGGAACCUUGACCUCUUCUACUCUCGACAACGGCAGAGGCUCAAGCCGACUAAGUCUGCUCAAACAUCGACACGAGAUAUCAUCGGGAAUUACCAGUUCCGUCGCCCAGGAGCUAAUUGGGUAUGCAGCAGAUGAACCGCCCACCGUGAUAAAUUAUGCGUCUGGGAAUGUGGCUGCAUGGGAUGAUAUCCAUGCCGCUUCGCAUGGUGGUCGCCUGGCUUUCGUCUCUGAUCUUCCAGGAUCCGUGCGAUAUAUGAAAUCUACGUUACGGGGCCUAGUCAGCUGGGCACCUCACUAUGUGUUGCUCUGCAUUCCAGCGAACUGCGGAGCUGAGACAACAGAAGCCGAAGCCGGCAGCGAACAAGUUUCCGAAAUCGACCUUUGCCUCGCCUAUCUCACUCUAUGCUUGAAACUUGAGGUCCCCGUGCUGAUCGCCAUCACGAAACUUGACGUGGCAUCUCGAACCGGACUACGGGAAAAUCUCGCCAAAGUUUUGUCAGCACUGAAGACCGCAGGUUGCAAACCUGCAAUACUACCGGCAUCUCCUGCGGCCGACAAAACUCUCGAUUUACAUCAAGUCGGCACCGCGGAUCGCACUGAGGUUCAAAAUUCCAUUGAAGCUGCGAAUGGAGAUUGGUCUCGCACGGUACCAAUAAUCCUCUCCAGCGCCGUGGACGGCACCGGAAUUGGCAAACUGCACGCAUUUAUGCGCUACCUACCCAUUCCCCAACGCCCACCUCAAAGAACACACCGUCUCUCCGAACCCACAGUCACAGACCAAAAGGCCAACUUCUUCGACGUGGACGAAGUCUUCGCCAUCCCUCCGUCAAAAGUAUACUCAAUAUCCGCCGACAAGGGCAACGAGAGCAGGGGAAUGGUACUAUGCGGUCUAGUCCGACACGGCAGUAUCGCCAUCGGCGACGAAAUGACCCUAGGCCCAAUCUUAGUCGACACAACCGCAGACAAUGACAAAGAGCCAACACCACUCAGUCUUCUCUCCCGCAGCAGCGGGCCCGGACCCUCGGCCGAGUUCCCAGCCUCAUUCGCGGCAAGCGUUCUAGCCAAGGACCCCAGCGCCCAGGCGAAAUGGCAGCGCGUUCGAGUAGUCAGCGUGCGUGACCUCCGACUCCCCGUCCACAGACUCAAACAGGACCAGGUCGGGACUAUUGGAAUUGAGCUCCUCGCCUCACCUACCGAAGAAGGAAAUAUGCCUCGGAUUAGCCGAAUUCGAAAGGGAAUGGUCUUGACGGAUUUUCACCCGGCGGGCGAUUCGCUCCCCUCUCCGCUCCCGUCGACAUUGUCUCUGCCCUUCCACACUGGAUUCACAGCGACCUUCCCAGCCUCUGCAUUUUCGGCCCCGAGCUCGCCGCCGCUGUUGCUCGGCGGUAAUGCUAUCGCCUAUAUUGCCAAUAUCAGGACGACGGUCCGUGUAGUGAGUAUGGCGUUGGCCGGUACAAAUGACGAACUUGUCUCGGAACCACCGUCGCCGUCGGAGCCUGAAUUCUUCUCUUUCGACGGGGAUCAUUCGCCCUCACCGGCCCAGGAGAAGAUUAAUGCUGGAGGUUCUCAAAUGAAUGGCGCGAAUGGAAUUCGUCGACGACAAUCUGUAACGGACAUCAGCAAGGUUGUCUUGAAUAAUGUCCCGGAGAAUGGCGCCGAUCGAAAGAAUGGCACGUCGGUGCCGUCUGAGACGUUGCGUGAAGAUGUCAAGAUUACCUUUGCCCUUGUUACGUCUGUGGAGUGGAUUGAACUUGCUUCAAGGGUUUUGGUUAUGCCUGGUGUCACAAUGGGGCCGUCGUCUGGUGUUGCGAUGUCGACGCCCGCGUCCGGGGCUGCGGUCGUUCCUAUGUCGGGAUUGGAAGGAUUUGUGGGUACUGUAUGCGAGGUUGUUCCUUGGAGGGCCUCUGGUGAGAAUUAG